AUGUAAACUCACAUUGACUGCUUCAGACCGAUUAAAGUUGAUACACUGUAUCUUAUGACCAACCAUUGAUCGAUUUGUUGAAGUCGGUUUUCAAAGUGUGACUGGGUACAUCCGGAACUUACUUUACUACGCACUUGAUAUAAGAUGAUAUACAUCAUCGGAGACAUCGAUUCCUGUCUAUAACUUGUUAAGGCGCGGUUAUACUACAUCACUACAUCAUGUCGUCCGGAUACGAGAGGUUCAACAACGAGGACGUAGAGAAGACAGGUGACGCUCCUGCAUAUCCUAUUCAACAGUUCCCUCCGCAGUAUACGGUACAGCAACCUGCGACACUUCCUCUUGGACAAAUUCCUCAGGUCCCUGGUCAGCAGACGAUAAUGCAUGUUGCCGCCGGGCCUAUCCCGAAGGAUUAUUUUGGAUUUGCGCUCUUCGUUACAAUCUGCUGCUGCCUACCAUUUGGUAUCGUUGGCCUCGUCAAAUCAAGCGAAGUGAAGAAUCGUGCGGCAGCAGGAGAUUAUACCGGAGCAACAAUCUCGUCAUCUGAGGCUCGACGCUGGUCAUGGGCUGGCUGUAUUAUCGGAGGGAUUACGUGGGGUAUUGCUCUUAUUGUGACGUGUGUCUACAUAGGUCUUAUUGUGGCGGCCUGUAACGCUGGAAAUUGCUACAAUUACUAAACAUGGUCGGCGCUACAGAACGGGGAGUGGCAAGGGGCGGAGAGAAGCGAUUGCCCUGAAUGAUUUCCAAUUGAAAAACAAGAAGAAAACAAAAAGAAACAGUCAAACUUUGAAAUAGAUAAAUUAGUUAUCACUUUAAUUGCAAUUAUCUAAUUGAUAUUUUCUAACCGAUAAACAGAUAUGCAUUUUAAUAAGAAAUAGAUUUAGCGCGUUUUGUCUAUUCAUGGUUUUUCUUUCUUUACCCAUACGUCAUCAAGAUGAAACUAAACACACACAAGAGAGAGGGAGGGGGCUGAGUCCUCAACCCCUGUGGAUCCGGUACUGGUAACAUUAUAAAGUGGUAGGCUUUACUCUACAUAAUUGAUUUAAUACGGAGAAAGUAAAGCUUAUAUUACAAUGAAAGAUUUUGGUGAAAUCAAAUAAUUUAUUUGAUUUCACCAAUGUUUUUUUAUUAGCAAAACACACUUUAAAAGUGUGUUUUGCUAAUAAAAAUACAUUGACUGAGUCCAAAUAAUUACACAAGUUUAAACAUUAUUAUUUCGAUCAUCCGCUACAUUUGCUCCAUUUAAGUUUAGGCAUAGAUUACGCUUGAGAUUAGCAUGAGUUUUGUUACUUGUUCUAGAAAUUGUUCAUUUAUGAAUAUAACAACUCUAGAAACUGGACACUGAUUCGUUUAUUCAAAUAUGUUUAUUUUUUAAGGAAUUGGAAUUAUUUUGCUCAUCUUUGUUAACAUGAUGUGAGGUUUGAGAAUUCAAUGAUUUCUAAAUCAGAUGCACCGUUAUUUCAUCAGUUUUCAGUGGAAACAAUCGACUACUUUGUUAAAUGAAAUGCUUUAUUUGCAAUCAAGAGCAUGGUAUCCUCUUUUAUAUACGACGAUUGGUAGGCAGCGGACUGAUGCAAAAUCAAAGAAAUGACAAUAAAAACAGAAGGCUUUCCAGUUAUAUUAAACAUAAUAACAUAAACAAUAAUAAUGAUGAUAAUAAUAGACCAAUAU